AUGUCUGGAACUGGUGACCUACAGGCGCUUCUAGCAAACUUCAAAUCACGUUCUUCGCCAGCUACAACUACCAACGGGCAGCCGACCCAGCCCUCAUCCCAACCUUCAUUUGACCCAAACACUUUCCUUCAACAACAAGCCAGUCCAGCGCUGGCUUCGCCUGCCAUCACUGCGCCAUCCACAUUAGUAGGGCCCCAUAUGGCUUCACCACAUCCAACUGGUGGAGCAGUUGGGGGUAGCGACAAAACACAAAGCUUGUUGAGUUUGUUAAAAUUCAGUCAGCCCUCAGAUGCGAGUUCUGCACCACCACCACAACAACAGCAGCAACAGCCAGUUCCAAUUGCACAGUCUACGUCUGAGAGUCAUACCAUGCGUCAGGAAACUGCUCAUGGAAAAGCUGUCAAGGCGUCAGAUCUAAUGUCAAGCUUCUUCAGUCCCUCAAGUACUCCAGGAAUUCGAGGUGGUGGAAACACUUUCUCAAAUCCUCCCUUUGCAAACAACACGGUCGAGAAUACGAACGCUUCGCCAGCAGGUAACACUGCUCAGGAAAGCUCACAAGAUGCUCUGCUCAAGCUUCUCAAGAGGUCUGCUUCGUCUAGUACAGAAGCGCGUAAGGGACCUGAUGCUGCAUUCUCUUUCGACGGCUCGCCCAAUACAAACUUUGCCAGCAUGAAGAAGCAGCAGCCAGCAAAAGUCGCACAAGCAGAUUCGCCUGCUCGCAAAGCAUCUCCCAUUCGCAUGUUCGGUUCUAGUGAGAGCAGAGAAGCAACACCUUUCGAGCCUCCUUCCACAGGGGCAACAAAAGAGAACAAGCCUAUCUUCACCUACACCAACCCUUUUGAGCUUCUUCAAGCUUCAAGAAACGCCACACCCCUACCAUCUGUUUCCCCUGCUGGGAAUCCAAACUUAAGCGGUAUAUCCAACAGCCCUCAAGAGAGCGGGGAUCAAAUAUCAAUGGAGGCCACUCCAAAGCAGAAAGCUAUGAGGCGAAAAUUGACGCCCAAGGGACCCUUAAGAUCUUCCAGCUCCAUAGAACCCGUGAAUGGAAUGGAUAGCGCGGCAGCCAAACUUGAUCGCAUUGCAGAUCAAGCCAGUAAAGAAAUCGAGAAGGCACUAGAAGAGGUACAGAUCAAACACGAGGACCUGGAUACUGAGGCAGAAAUCGAUGUUAUGGCCGACAAACUUGAGGAGACGGCAAUCAAUGCAGCAGUCGAAGUCAAGAAAGAGUUGGACAAGGAAGAGAACAAAGAUGUGCUCGAAGAAUCAAUGUCCAAACCAGUAGCCGAGGCAGUGAAGGAUCUGAUCGAUGACGCAGCAGCGGAAGCGGCACCUCCUGAUGGUUGGGAGACCUCAGACGGACCAGCCGAAGCUUCUCUGCGUGAUGUUCCUGUUUACAACUUCCCAUUGAAGCCAUUCGUCUCGAUCACGAUCGUGGAUUUGCCACCGUCUGAGGUUGGUCUUCGGGAGGACGGAGUCAUGGAGAUCUCAAGAUUCAAAAAGGAAUUCGAUCAACUUGACCGUACACUUGCAUCGGCCACCAGCAAGUACAUCACUUAUGCGUUCGUCAAGAAUGGAGGGAUCCGAGUGAUCAGACAAGAUGACGGCAGUGACCGUCAUAUCUUCAAGCACUCGGGCGACCGCAUAUUCCAUGUGACCCUCUGCACCACGGCCAUGACUGCACCACCAACAGACCAACAAGCUGUGCUUGGUGUCGGCCUCAGUGGGGCUGUGUACUAUGCUACCAUCUCCAAGGAAGGGAACGACUUCUUCGAAAACGACAGCCUUGACACUGAGAGUCUCCUCUUCCCACCGUAUCCAGCUGGUAAUGACAACACUUCUGGUGGUUCGCUCAAGACCCGGGUUAGGCGGAGUUCUCGUCAUCCAGAAUUCUUUGCCAUUGGCCGUGGAAAGUCUAUCUACAUUGUUUGGCCUGCUACAGCAAUCUCCACCAAAUAUGGUGUCGAUGGUUCGAAUCGUACAGUAGAUAUUGAAAAGCUCUACAAGGAUCGUCCUCUCAAGAUAACCACUGGGAAAGCUGGCAAGGAUUUCAUUUUCAGCGAAGACGACACUUUGAUUGCCUCCUUGGACAAGGCUGGAAGACUGAAAUUCUGGGACAUUCGAAAGCUUGUCGAUGAGGAAAAUGCUACGGCGUACAAAGUUCAGGCUGAAGAUGUCAACAUGCCUAUCCUCAGUUUUGCUACUGCCUCUCCAGCCGAGAAAACUUGGCCGACUUCUGUCCUUUUCGUUGACAAGGUUCGACCUUACGCCAAGGGUACCGCCUUGAGAUACAUUCUGGUGGGACUGAAGCAGAAUCAUACUCUCCAACUUUGGGACAUUGGCCUGGGCAAGGUGGUACAAGAGUUAAACUUCCCACACAAUACGGAGACAGAUGGCAUUUGCAGCAUUGCCUACCACCCAAAUUCUGGCAUCGUUGUUGUCGGCCAUCCCACGCGGAAUUCAGUCUUCUUCCUUCAUCUUUCUGCGCCACGCUAUACGCUGCAGCCCAUGUCUCAAGCCACCUAUCUCGAACGAAUUGCCAUCAGGGAUCCCGACCUUCCCAAGCCUGAAGCAACAGCUGUCAUGAGCGGCAUGCGCGAGAUGUCUUUCGCUUCAAAGGGCCACCUUCGCAGCAUUGACUUACUCCCAGUCCACAAGCCUACGGAUGUACCAAAGGAUCCUGUUGAUUCGCAGACUCUCUUCGAGCUGUAUGCUGUGCAUUCUAGAGGCGUUACCUGUCUCACAAUCAAGAAGGAGGACCUUGGAUGGGGUCCUGACAGUAAAGUCCUACAUCCAGUCGACAACGCUGUGGAAACCGGCUUGAUCCGUGUGGAUAAGCUCAGGAAUAUUGGGCCUGUUGUUGAACCAGACUUGAACGGUGCUCCGGAACCGUCUCAGCCUUUUAAGGCAUCAAAGAAGAGGCCAGCAAAGGCUACCUCAGACCCAGCCCCUGAACCGACUGAACAAUUUCCGCCUGCCCCUUCGACAACUGCUGAAGCCGGAUUGCCGAAUGGACUCAACGGUAGUGAAGGAAACACCCAGUCAGGCGCAAUAGCAUCUGAGAGAGAUAAGAAAAAGAAAAAGAAAUCUGGCGCUAAUACCCUUUUGGCACCACAUUCAAGUAAAGAUCCAGGCCCAUCCAAAUCACCUUCUCCAUCUUUUUCACCAUCUAAAACUUCUGUUCCCACUACCGAUCUCCACAACCAAAUUCCUAUCCCUCAUCCUAACGACACCAUGGCAAGCGGUCAACCAUCUGGUACAUCUCAGAUGCCUACCGGCUCUGAUGGCAACAAGGAAAUAGUCGGCGCCGACGUGCCUGGAAACUGGCUUGACAAGGAGAUCGAGAAACUUGAGAGCUCAAUCACGACCGAGUUCAAACAGCAGCUUGACAGGCUUUACCGUCGCCUUGAUGACGAUCGACAUGUCCAGGAUGCCGCGGGCACAACUCGACAAGAAGCUGUUCUACGCCUCGUAUCAUCUACGCUUUCUACCAACGUGGAGAACAGCUUGAAUCGAAUCAUCGGACAGCAUAUGCAACAGGCGGUCUUGCCAGCUAUCAGCAAUGUCACCGCCUCGGCCAUUCAUAAUCAGGUUGGCGAAGUCCUUGCUCGUGCGCUACAUGGUCUCAUUCCGCAAGAGAUCGGCACCCAGCUUCCUGUCGCUAUUUCUGCUGCUAUGCAGAAUCCUAGCCACGUUCGCAGCCUGACCGACAACCUCUCCAAACGCCUAGCUCCUACCAUGGAAGCCCACUUUGCGGAGCUCAUGCAUACCACCAUCACCCCAACCUUUGUCAAGCUUGCUGCCUCUGCUGCGGAGAAAGCCGCCGGAGAGAUCGAAAGCCGCAUCACAGCCAAACUUGUACAGUAUGAAAUAGAUCGGCAGAAUGACGCUGUGAAGAUCGACACGCUACAAGGGUCGAUGCAAGCAAUGCUCGAGAUGAUGGCGCAUCUGAGUGAAGGUCAGAUCGCAUUUCAAGACAAGAUCCUGAAAGAUCGCAGCACUCUCGCACCAUUCGGAGACGCUGGCAGUCGACCAUCUUCUAGCACUGCGACAGCAUUCAGAUCUACACCGAUUCCUACCCGUCAAAACCUAGCUGCCCAGCCUUCCCCGAUUGCACCGCCCCCGAGGAGGAAGACUGCUGAAGAAUUGGAAAUGGAAGAGAUUGCCAACUUGAUGAAUGAAGGAAACUACGAAGCCGGCUCCGUCAGAUGGAUGCAGUCCAACCAAGCUGUCGAACUUUUCGACAAGCUUUUCGUCAAUUACACCCCAGAGUAUCUUCGUACCCAAGUCUCUCCACUAGUCGCUUUCUCUGUCGGUAUUGCAGUUGCCAACUCCUUCGAGACCAAUCUCAAAGCACGACUUGAUUGGAUCCACACUUCUCUUGACACCAUCGAUACUAGAUUUUGGUACUAUCUGCAGGACCCGGAAAUCAAGAACCUCUCGACUCAUGGUCCUGCUCUCCUAACCUCUCUGAUCGCGAAGCUUGAUCAGCUGUACAACGCUCAUGCUCACGCGGGCCGAGGUCGUAGUGAUGCUGUCAUGCAAUCGAUCCCUCGGAUCAUCACGAAAGCACACGAAGUCAUAACACAGUUCCAGCAGUCUGAUGGUGCGAACUGA